AUGGAUCUAAUUCUUCGAUCUACUCAUAUCGGGAUACCAUUACAAGAGAUGACAUCGAACUACCAGACCAAUGACAGAAUUGUGGAUGAGAUCGUUGAUCUAUUCGAUAUCACCAUUCGAAACCUAACACCUGAUGAUCAGUGGACAGCUACCGGCCGGGGAUAUUUCUCUCGACGUGUCGAGCACUUCACAAGGCACGGCAUGAAACUUGAAUUUGCCCUGCCUGCAUUUCCGUGCAAGUCAUCCAAUCCGAACAAAGUCGGAGGCAAUCUGCCAGAUUUGGCCGAGGCCAUUGCUUUGACUACUUUGCACAAGUUUGUCAUAGACAUUGAGCGCUUGUACGCUCCAGGAGCGACUGUGCUGAUAGUGAGUGACGGCCAUGUGUUUAGCGAUUGUAUUGGUGUGGACGACGAUACGGUCGAUAACUACGGCAAGCAUCUCUCUAUGAUGAAUGAUGCUCUCAGCACAGCUUUUCUCGACGAUGGCAGGCAACGUGUAUGUCUACGUUCGCUCCCCGAGAUGCUCCAAGCGAGCUGGGAUAAUCUCCAAGGUCCACUAUCGGCGCAGCAGCUGGCCCUAGACUCAAUCACUCACCACAUCGGACAAGUCGGAAUCAACGAUAAUGCUGAGCUAUGCCGUCGUCUAUUAAUGCAAGGGUUCAAAGCCAACACGCAUAAGCUUCGAUCAUCUAUAGCUAGCCACGAUCCUGCCAUGUUGAGGCUAUAUCGAGGAUUUUCUCGAUUUAUGCUGGAAGACCUCGAGAACAACAAAUACACCCAACACCUCAGUAAGAGUCAACGCCGUAAGCUCUCGUCCAAGGUCGCUUUUGAGAUGAUUGAGAGAAAUCAAGCAUACUCCAACCUCGUAGAGGUGGUGCUCCCAAAUUAUAUCCGGCUUUCCAUUCAUGCUCACAACAAUGCAGGACCCAAGUUCGGUAUCAAUCUGAUGAGCCGCCAAGUUCGAGCUACGAACAGCCUGCCUCCAGACGGAUCCCGACCUGAAUCCUGCGAUUUGCUCCAUGUACCUACCCCUUGGCACGGCUGCAUCGUGGAAGUAGCCGGCCAUGAUCACCUAUACUUAGCAAAGGCGGAGCAAGUACGAGCAGCAGUACACGACAACAAGAUACUCGCUGCAUGGGUUGUGCCAAAGAUGGGGAGUGCUAUGAUAGGUGCAACCCGACGCAAGAACAUGCAGGUACCAGAUAAAAUUAUCGAACACUUGUCGGACUCAGGUGCAUGGCCUACUGCCGCAUAUUUCAUUGCGAUCCCUACAGAUAUGCAAUAUCGCAUCUAG